CAGAUCCUCCAGAAGGAAGGGGAAUUGAACUCUCAGGACAGUUUUAGGUAGGGUGACUUUGUUACUUUUCUUCAAAUUAUAGUAACACACAUAAAGUCAAGACAGUAAUUGUGGUACCACAUGAAGGAAACGGAUUUUUAAAUCUGAAGAUUAUUUUGUUGCACUUUGACCUGUCGUUGUCGAUGCUGUUCUCAUUUUCAAAAUCACCUCAUCCCAAAUCUCAUUGAUGUGUCUUUGGCUCCAGAAAAAUGUUCCUGCUACAUGACAAGACUUCAAGAAGAACAUGUUUGAGAACUUCAGCUUUUCUGAUAAUUGUGGCGAAAGUCUUGUGCUGUCAAACCCUCACAUGUCGUCCUGAAGAGUAUCAGAUAGACAAUAAAUGCUGCCCAAUGUGUCCACCUGGAAACAGAGUUAAAACAGAUUGUACAGAGUCCAGACUUACAUCAUGUCUGCCCUGCAUGAGUGGAACUUAUAUGGAUAAAUUUACUAAACGUACACUGUGUUUCCCAUGCACCAACUGUGAUGCAGGUUCUGGUCUGAAGGUAAAGACGUCAUGUACAACAACAUCAGAUACAGUUUGUGAACCACUUGAAGGAUUCUUCUGUACUGACUUAAUAAAGGACCAAUGUGAAGCAGCACAGAAACACAAGGACUGUGAUCCAGGACAAUACAUCAAGGAAAAAGGUACAUCCUCCUCAGACACUGUGUGCUCUGACUGCAGUGAUGGAACAUUUUCAGAUGGAACAUUAACAUCUUGUCUCCAACACACACAAUGUGAAUCAAUGAACCUUCAGCUGAAAACAGCAGGAACUAAGUCAGCUGAUUCUGUUUGUGGGGGAAAAACUUCAAAUGUUGGAGUUAAUGUGGGCAAACAAACUUCAAGUGGUGUAAAAAUGCAAAACAUAAAAGUUUCAAAUUUUAAAAUUACUACGGGCACAAAAAAUGCACAUGUUGGAACUAUUGCGGGGAAAAUAACUUCAAAUGCUGAAGUUAAUGUGGACAAAAAUACUUCAUAUAUUGGAGGUAUUUUCGGGGAAAUAAUUUCAGAUAAUGUAGAAAUGGAUGACAUAGAAAUGUCAGAUGUUGAACUUGCUGUGGGCACAGACAAAAACAAUCAUGCAGACAACUCCAGAAAGACACCUCUACGUACACAACAAUCAGUGGAAAAAUUGAUGUCAUUGUCAGAGCAGGAGGAGGGCUAACCUGUGUAACCAGUCUAAACUCUCAGAUGAAAUCUGUUUUCUGUGGACUACAUUUGCUCCAGAAUCCAGUUAUUAUUCAUUUGGAUGCUGUCUUCACAGAGAACAGAAAAGACAAAUCAAUAAGAACAAUUUCUGGCUCAGAACAGCCUGCUGACAGUGACAUAUACUGUAGACGUUUUGGAAGUUUUGCAUGUGUUAUGUAUGAAUGGUGACUGAUGCCAUAUUAAUAGAUGAACUGUACUGAUGCCUUUGCACACCACAUAUGCUUGUUUUAAUUGCUGCUCUCUUGACAGACUUAAUAGACAGUGUGUGGCUGUCCUGGUUCUACCCGUAUCCCUUAGCAAAGUUAAGCUUUAACAUGAGUUUUAUCACUAAAUUAUUAAUAGUUUUAAAAAUAAUAAUAAUAAUACAUGAAAUAUAUAUUUGCACAUAUUUAAAACUAUAAAAUGUAAAUGUAAACAUCUAAUCUUGUGCAAGUGUUAACAUCUUCUGUCUGUCCAGAGAGCUCAGAGUACAUGGGCUGAAAAGUGUACAGAUGUUAUAGCUAGCAACGUUUUUAAUCACAUUAAUGAAUAUAAAGUAAAACUCUAGAAGUCAAGCAAAGUGAAUUAAAGCACUGUCUCUAAAACUCCAACUCCAAUCACAUCACUGUAUCCUCCAGUACUGGGCUUUUAACUGGUCUCAAGGUUAGAACAAAAACCCACGGUGAGCUCUCAUUUUAUUAAGGCCCAGGCCUGUUUGUGUUGCAUUUCUUUAUGUAUGAAAAGUGCUAUAUAAAUAAAGUUUGAUUUGAUUUGA